GAUUAUAUGGAAGUUCAUACUAACAUCAGCCGUCCUACUUCAAUGGAUCCGGAAACCGUAUUCUCAUAGUGGAUACUUCUACAAUUGUUGGAGUUGACUAUCCAAUCCACCAGAUGUAGUAUGAAGAUCGUUCGAGGCGCUAGGAUUGUUGGAUCAAUUCUUCGAUCCAAAGAUUCUAAAGUGAUUCCUCAAGAUGAUCAAUGUAGACUUCCAAUAGGGACAAUUCAUGUUGUAAGAAGGAUGAUGCUCGCAUUAUCGAGGAAUAGAGCGAAGCAAGUUACACUUGUGAUGGUGUCCACACUGGAUACCGCUACACAGAAACUACACUUAGGGGCCGCAUUAGUUGCACAAUAAGUGGAUUACCUGAUUUCCCUUCUACAGUUGUGAC